AUGGCGCCCAAGGACAAAGCUCCCAAGUUUGAGCUGAAGACCCCAAAGGGCACAAAGGACUGGGAGGGCAAGGACAUGGUGAUCCGUGACAAGAUCUUCAACACCAUUACCCAGGUCUUCAAGCGCCACGGCGCCGUCACAAUCGACACUCCCGUCUUCGAGCUCAAGGAGAUUCUCGCCGGCAAGUAUGGCGAGGACAGCAAACUCAUCUACGACCUGGCCGACCAGGGUGGCGAGAUUACUUCUCUCCGAUACGAUCUCACGGUGCCAUUCGCCCGGUGGCUCGCCAUGAACCGCGACAUCCAAAACAUCAAGCGCUACCACAUCGCCAAGGUCUACCGUAGGGACCAGCCCGCCAUGACCAAGGGCCGCAUGCGCGAGUUCUACCAGUGCGAUUUCGACAUUGCCGGCACCUACGACCCUAUGCUUCCCGACGCCGAGAUCAUUCGCAUCAUUACAGAAGUCUUUGACGCCCUCGGCUGGCAAAGCACAUACACAAUUAAGCUGAACCACCGCAAGAUCCUGGACGGCAUUUUCGAGGUGUGUGGUGUUCCCGAAGACAAGAUCCGGACCAUCUCGUCUGCGGUGGACAAGCUCGACAAGCUUCCUUGGGCCGAAGUGCGCAAGGAGAUGACGGAGGAGAAAGGCCUCGACGGUGCCGUCGCGGAUAAGAUUGGCGAGUGGGUUGUGCUCAAGGGCAAGAGGGAAUUGCUCCAGAAGCUCCAGGCCGACCCGGCGCUGUCUGCCAAUGCCUCCAUGCAGCAGGGCAUGAAAGAUCUCGACCUCAUGUUCGACUAUCUCGAGGCCUUCAACGCUUUCGCUCCCGUUUCAUUCGACCUGAGUCUUGCUCGUGGUCUCGACUACUACACAGGCGUCAUUUAUGAGGUUGUCACAGAGGGAUCAGCGCCGUCUACAACACCUGCGGCUGCAGAAGUGGUGCCUGCCCCAUCAAAAAAGAACAAGAAGACCUCGACCGACCCUGACGAGGACCGCUCGUCAGACCCUUCGAUCGGAGUGGGCAGUGUCGCUGCAGGUGGCCGUUACGACAACCUUGUCGGCAUGUUCUCCGGCAAGACGCAGAUUCCUUGCGUCGGUAUCUCUUUCGGUGUAGACCGGAUAUUCUCAAUCACCAAGGCGCGGAUGGAAGCGAGCAAGGCGGCCGAGCAGGUGCGGAACAACGAGGUUGAUGUCUACGUCAUGGCUUUCGGCGGCAAGGGCUUCACCGGCCUACUCAAGGAGCGCAUGGCUGUGUGCGCGACUUUGUGGGAAGCAGGUAUCAAGGCCGAGUUUCUUUACAAGGUGAAGCCAAAGCUUCCCAAUCAGUUCAAGGCCGCGGAGAUCAACGGCGUCCCCUUUGCUAUCGUGCUGGGCGAGGAAGAGCUCGCGCAAGGCAAGGCGAAAAUCAAGGAGAUGGGCCUCAAGGACGGCCACCCAGAGAAGGAGGGCGUCUUGGUUGACCUGGCCAACAUUGCGGCCGAGGUUCAGCAGAGGUUGCAGCGUAAGGCCGAGCUGGACGAGAUCACUCAGCGCGCCGAGGGACUUAAGGUCGUCCACGGCAUCCGCGGGGAGGAGAUCCCGGCGGGCGAAACAGCAGCUGCGCUGGAGCAGGCUGCGCCGGUGGACACGACAACGACUGCGACGCAAUAA